AAACCAAUCAAUGAUCCGGCUAUGCACCUCCUCGAGGUACCAAAAGGUUUCUGUGAACCGGGAAGAAAUGGAAGAAAUCGAUCUGAGAUAGUGGUCCUGAUAAAGUCCUGCGUUCGCUGCCAACAGGAUCGUGCUGAGGCACGUAGAACCUACAUGCAACCACAUUUGUGGGGUGAUUUUCGUAUUCGAUUCGUGUUUGUUACUGGAAUGCCCUCGGUAGGUUACACCGGGAAUAUGCACUUUGACGGAGUUUCUGUCAAGUAUCACAGUCAUGGUAAUGAUAAAAAGGAUUACGAACACGCCAAGAGAGAAUUGUUCUCGGAGGCAAAUCAUUUUGGUGAUUUGCUGAUCGGUGAUUUCGAGGAUCACUACUUUUCGUUGACUAUGAAACAGACAUUCAUAUUUCGUUGGAUCUCGGUAUUUUGCGCUCACGAGUCCUAG